AUGCCUUUGUUCACAACUUCCACAAGUGGACAGGAGGACUCCUCCUGUCUCAAGAGGUCACACGACCAAUUCCGGGAAGAGGUUCCACCCCCAAGCUCUUUCGACGACAAGGAAAAUGUUAGGUCAUCACCACCCCCGUCUUCGGGACCCGCAACCCCCAGAGCCAGAAAAGCCAGUCCGGCAUUGAGCGACGCCAGCAGCCCAUUGGACCGUCUAUCGCGAUCCCCAAGUCUAUCGCCCCCACGACUCGCACCUCUCACGAUUUCUACAACCAAUACGCCUUCUGCCCAGAAGCAGACAUCCGGCGCCAAGGCUGCGUCGACAACUACAAAGUCGACAACAGGCGAACCGGCCGUUAAAAGGAAGAAGCUGACUCCUGAGGAGAAGGCAGCCAAGGCCGAGGCUGACGCUGCCAAGAAGAAGGAGAAAGAGGAGGCCAAGGCCAAAAGGGCAGUCGAACAGGCGAAACUGGAGGCAGAGAAGCAACAAAAGGCCGAAGAAAAGGAGAGGAAGAAGCGUGAGAAGGAAGAGGAACUGAAACGCAAGGAGGAGGAGAAGAAGCGAAAGCAGGAAGAGAAGGAAGAGAAGGAGCGCAAGAAACGCGAGAAGGAGGAAGAGGAAGCCAAAAAGAGAGGCCGACAGAUGAAGCUCACAUCGCUCUUCAAAAUCAACCCAGCAACACCAAAAGAGAAGCCAGUCGCCGUCAAGGUCGAAAGCAAAGAUGUCGAAAUGACGGAUGCACCGAGUCUCGCCAAGGAGAAUGAAGCCUACCGGAGGUUAUUCAAGCCCUUUUACGUGAAGGAGUUUGUCACGCUAGCCAAGAACCCCUUCGAGGUAGACGAGGAGACCAGAGAGGCCAAGUCGCGGAUACUGGACGAGUACACCGAGGGAAAGCGGGCGGAGUUCCAGACACCGGAAAAGUUCGACCCCUUGGAGGCUCUACAGCUGCCUUUCAAGACCCAGAGGCGCGGACGCCCUUAUCCGAGUGUGCGCAAGAUCAUGACGGAGAUUUAUGGAGAGUCUUCAAGCAGGGCUAUGGACCUCACCACAGAGAACACUCAGUUCAGAGAUGCGCGGGAGGCAUUGAAAGCGGUACCAGUCAAGUGCAUCAAAUUCAGCCAAGAUGUGCGGCCACCGUAUGUCGGCACAAUCAGUGGUCUUCCUCCGGGCGUCAAGAGUCUCUAUAGACUCGCAAGAAACCCAACUUCACGAACCAUUCUUCCCUUGGACUACGACUAUGAUUCGGAGGCCGAGUGGCAAGACGAGGAAGGCGAAGAUGUGGAGGAUCUGGAUGAUGAAGAGGAAGACUUGGAGAUGGAUGAGGAUAUGGACGAUUUCUUGGAUGACUCCGAAGAUGUCGGCCCUCAGCGUCUCGUCUUUUCCGGUGGUAUGGAGCCAGAGAGUACUGGCAUAUGCUGGGAGAAUGAGAAGCGGUGCACAGUGAAGCCGGAGCUGUAUCAGUGCCGGAUGGAGAUUAUAUUGGAGUCCCUGGACGAAGAAACCAGCAUUGACCCCUUUUCGACUGAUUAUUGGGCUUCGAAGUCGAAGACCAGCUCAUCAGGUAACGAAAAAUCUAGUGUGAUCGCAUCCGCAUCCGUCACUGCUCAGACUACUUCAUCAUCCUCAUCCUCACUCCUCCAUCCAUCCUCUGCCGCUACCACCACCAGUGCGAAGUCUGCCAAGGCCGGUGGCUCUCAAGCACCUACCAAUGCGUUCCAGGCACUUACAAAGGGUACUACAGCAGGUAACUCUCCUCCUAACAAGGUUAUCACUACAGCAGGCGCCUCAACUAUUGUUGCUGCUGCCACUACUGCUGCUCCCUCAGCGACAGCAGCAGGUGGUGUUGCUGGUGGUGGUCGUCGACCUCCCGGUCGACAGAAGAUGUCGGACCAACCCCUCCCUGCCGCUGCGCAAGAACAGCUCAAGGCGCUCAUGCACGAGAUGCCCAUGGUUAGCAAAUUGGGUAUCAUCGAGGUCUUUGCUUCCAAGCACCCGGAUAUGGUCCGGGCGCAGAUCAAGGCUUCGUUUGAGUCCAUGACUGAGAAGCAAGGAAAGAGUGGUUGGAAGUGGAAGGAGUAG